GAAAAGCGAAGAUGUUCUUUGAUGAUGACCUUUUGAGCGGCGCGCAAGCUCAAGGUGUUCAUCCUGACGUCGGCGCUGGCGCACCACAGGCUGACUUUGAAGACGGCGCUGCGAAUGGCAGCCCCGGCUCAGGCGCCCUUUCCUCCGUGGAGACACUCUCUGCGACUGCUUCCCGUCGGAAGCGUGGAUCCAGAGGCGGCGCUGGAUCCAAGACCUCUCCUGAGAAGCGGUGGCGUUCAGGAGCGGUGCCGCAACCGCCCUCCUUCGACGGCGACAUCGAGGCCGACCCGUAUUGCUACAGGCACUACCGACGCCGCCUCCUUCGAUGGGUCGAGAUUACCAAGGAAUACCUUCCUGGGAACGAGCAAGCUCUUCGCGCCCUUGAAAACCUCAAGGGCGAGGCCGAGGUCGAGAUGGAGGAGGUGGAGGACAGCCGGUACAAUGUGCCGAACGGCAUCCAGGUGCUCCUCCAAGACCUCGAAAGGAGCUUCGGGGCCAAGGAGAUGUUCCGCCAAGGGGGCACGAUUCGGGAGUUCGAGAACGUGGGUCGUCUUCAGGGUGAAAGCGUUCAUGCAUUCGCGAGAAGGUUUCGAUUACUAGAACGCAAGCUGAAGGACAACCAGGUCCCUGAGUAUCCCGAGGUCGCCCGUGUGAUAAAGCUCUUGGACGGCUUGAGGCUGGAUGAGAAGAGCGUUUCGGCUCUUUUGUUGGCUGCCGGAAACAAGUAUGACAUGCGGGCCAUACUUAAUGCCGUAAGCAUACAGUACCCGGCGGGCAUGACAAUUACAGGCCUUCCUCGUCUUCGAGCCGACCGACGCGGUCGAGGUCGUGGUACUUCCUCCUCUUCUGCAGCCUCCACGACAGCGUCAUCGGCUCGUUCAGGUCCCUCCGGCAAGAGAUGGAGACACUGGAAUACCACUUGGGAGGAAGUUGAUGACCCCUCCUUUGAAGCAGAAGAUGGAGACCAGCCACCGGAGGACGCUCCUCUGUAUCAGGAUGAAGGCGCUCCCCCGGAUGAGGAGGCAGAGGACGUCAUCUAUGAGGAGAACGAGCAGGCGGACGAGGAGGACGACGGUGCCGCCUGGGGUGACUACGAUGCUGGCGAUGGUGGCCACUACGACGAAAAUGAGGACCUGCAUGAGCUUAUGCAGGCCCUGACGGUCACCAGUAAGCGUCUUGCAGGUCUGGUCCAGGCCCGUGGCUUCUACCAGACCGAUGGAAAAGGCAAGAGCAAGGGCAAAGGCAAAGGCAAAAGCAAGGGCAAAGGACGUGGCGGCAAAUCCGCCGUUGGGAGCAAGCCCUUUGGCAAGUCCUCUGGCAAGAAGGGUCAGCCUUCGAAGAGCAAAGGCAAGGGCAAGACGGACAACGCGCUGCAUCAGCAACGUCUUCAAGGAAGCCUUUGCCUUGGAUGCGGCGCUUCGGAUCACUGGUUGAAGGACUGUCCGUCGUAUACUGUGCAGAAUGCCCAGCUGACCAGUGCCGCAAUUGAUGGCUUGGUGCUGGAUGCAGAGGGCACGGCUUCUAUUUGGGCCGUGACCGUGAGCGCCAACGAGCCUCAGACCGACAUUGCUGCGACGGACAAUGGAAAACAGCACGAGCUCUACCAGGCACCCUCCUUGUCCGAGUUCGAACCCUUCACCUCCGUGCCCAAGAACCCCAGCAUCCUCUUGCAGUACUAUCAGGGAGACAGUUCAGCCUAUAUCAUUGCUGACACAGGAUGCCAGAGGCAGGUAGCAGGUGAAGGUUGGCAUGUUCGAAAACGUUCUGAAAUUGAACCUCUAUGCCGCCUUGAGUACCCCGACGUGUGCAAGUUCAGCUUUGGACCUAGCGAUGCCUUGACGAGUCAGGGAAGAUACGUAUACCCGGCCGCGAUCGCAGGCAAACCUCUGGCUAUGUGUGUGAGCUCUGUGAAUGCCAAAGCAGGGAUCCGAGUUCGCAUUUGCGACCUUUGUGGAACAAGGUACGUGCUGCUACCCUCGGGAACGUCGGUGUUGGCCACUCCAAAAGCUUCACCGUCGGCCAAGACACCACUCAACCUGCCCGAGCACGUCAUGGAAGCCAUACGCGGCAAAAGGCCCGCGGCCGGCAAGCCUCAGGUGGCAAGGUCCCAAGGCUCCUCUCGGCCCUCCUCAAUAUCCUCGCCUGCAUAUGCGCCUCCACCUCCACCACGACUUCGCCCGAGAUCCACAACUACGGCUCCGAAAGCAGCUCCGAAGAUGGUUCCCCGAGCCAAAAGUAUGAUGCAGGCAGCCUCCGCAAGUUCGAGCCUUCCCAUUCCGCGACGGAGGCAAUGGCAUGGCUCGGAGAGCGACCGCAUGAGCACCGGGACCGGCGUGUACCACGAGGACAUGGACUGGUCGGAGGCCGCAGCUCCAGCCGAGACGACGGAGUGGGUGGAGCCGAAUUGGGCGAUGCCGGACGACUACGACCAUUACGAGGGCUCGGAGAACUCCCAGUUCGACCCGAACGACCUCAUCCCCCACGACUUCGAGGAGGAGGAGGCGGACGAGGAGCACGGAGAUCAUGACCUCUUACGUGGUUCGGCAGAUGAGCCGUUGAUGCCGGAAGACGCUGGCGCCUUCAAGGCCAAGGCCGGCACUUUGAAGCGCGUGCUUGGCAACGAGAAAUCCAUGUUGGAUGCAUGGCAACUGGAGCAGCGUGCCUAUGCUGUGCGAGCUCAAAGGGCACGAUCUACCCGCGUGUUCGGUUCGGACCUGAUCGAGGUGUACGGCGGCAAUGCCGAGAUUACUCGUGUGGGGCUACUUCACGCACUACGAGUUCUUCAGCCCGUCGACAAAAUCUACGGCCAUGACUUGUCUACCGGGAACGAUUUCGAGACCCUCCGGAACUUGCUUUUGAAGCACAGACCGUUCCUGGUGAUAUUCGAGUUUCCUUGCACUCUGUGGUCCAACAUCCAGCACUUGAACUACGACAAGCUCACUCUGGAUGAGCUGCGGGCAAAGCAGUUGUGCAGCAUCCGUGAAAUGUGCAAAACCAUUCGUGCCAUCCACGAAGCCUAUGGCGGGCACUUCCUUUUGGAGAACCCCGCAUACACUCCGUUUUGGCAGCACCCUGAGAUUAUGCAGCGCUAUGACAUUCCCAAUGUGGAGUUGCAAGUUGGACAUAUGUGCUGCUACGACCUCCGCGGCAAGGACGACAAGCUCUUGAAAAAGCCCACAGCGUGGAUGUCCGAUCUUUCACUCCUUUUGAAAGAACUGGGCCAUCAAUGCCCCGGUCCAGAGUUACAUGAUCACGGCCAGGUCCUGGGCGGCAACUCCUCGCGAUCCCAGGUCUACACGACGACCCUCGCCCAGGCCGUGAUUCGUGGUUUGCAUGCCUCCCUCAAGGAAGCCGGAGAUGAGCGAUACAAUCGCGCCCAUGAAAGUGACUCUCAGGCCUGGCAAGCUGAUGUUGAAUCAGACGAACUUGUUCUGCCUGACUGGCAGCCCCCUGGUGAGACUUCAGUUGUGACGGUGUUCUUCCUGGAUGUGAAUCGUCACGAGGACUCCUGGCUUCCCUUGUUGAAGGAGGCAGAAGCUCAGCUGAAGGAUAAGGUGAGGCCGGACCGCGUGAUACCCACGAACACCCCGUUCGGCGAGCAGCUGAAGACUUUGGUGCCCUGGAAGAUCAUCCGCAUACAAAUCUGCCGGACGCCCAUGCAGCGUCGACUACCUCUGGAAGUUCUCCAAGCUGGUGCUCAACAUCGGGGUGCUGCCCUGUGGCUGAGUGAUGGAUCGGUCUCCAUCGAAGCCGAGGCAGUGAGCCGCAUACUGGCUCAGUCUGCGGGUCGUUUUUCGACUCCUGUUCGUGUGGCAGUGUUCUUCUUCGGUACGGCCCCAGCUACAAGCCUGAAUGAGACUGCCAACGAGCUUCCGGAGACCGAUGUCAAGGUGGAUGUGACCGGCGACAAGGUCGAUGAAGUGGAGACCAUGAGACCGCACCAGCCGGGUUUCCGGGACAUUUCUUUUCCUGGACUGAAGGGUGCUCCGAAGUGGCUGUUGCAGGUGAUGCGUCGACUUCACACAAACUUGGGUCACCCGUCGACGGCUACUAUGGUGAGGCACCUAACAGCCUCUGGAGCCUCCGAAACCGCCAUUCAGGCAGCCCGCCAUCUUCGAUGUGAAGUGUGCUUACGUGUUCAACCUCCUCGAGAACCUCGCCCUGCCAAGCCGUUUACCGCCAGGCGUUUCAAUGACCGUCUGAACAUGGAUGUGCUGUGGCUCAAGGACAUCUCUGGUCGAGCACACGGUUACUUGUCUCAAGUGGAUGAGGCAACGAGUUACCACGUGCUGAGCUACAUGCGGGAUCGAACGGAGGAAGAGACGAUACGUCUCUUGAUCAAUGGAUGGUUUUCGUUCUUUGGUCCUCCAGAUGAACUGGUGCUGGACUCGGAUGGAAGUUUCAGGGGCUUCCGAUUCGAGACUCUUCAAGCCCAAUGCGCUGUCAAGGUCCGUUACGCUCCUGCAGAUGCUCAUUAUCAGAUGGGUAAGGUGGAACGGCAUGGCCAAGCAAUUCGCUACAUUGUUCAGCGGCUGGUCUCUCAGUUCGCACCCCUGGGCGCCGAUGAGCUCAACGUCGUUGCGGUGAUGUCGGCGGCGGCCAAGAACAACUUGAUGCGUCGAGCUGGCUCCUCACCAGCUCAGUGGGUUUACGGCCGUGCGCACAAGAUUCCAGGUGCUUUGUUGAGUUCCGGCGGCUCCAUUGAAAGCUGCUCCCUUCAUGACGACAGCAGCCGCCUGCGUUUGGUCGAACAAAUUCGAGCCAAGGCCAUGAUGCUUUUUCAUCAGUUCGAGUCUGAUGCCGCUCUUCGGGCCGCUCUUCUUCGUAAACCUCGCCCCGCUCGUGGUCCGUUCGCUGAGGGCCAGCGCAUCGCCUACUAUCGGGCCAAAAAUUCUGCUGAUGGCGAGGGUACCCUGGAAGGAUAUCGCCAGGGCGUGAUUGUUGCGGUCGAUGGCUCGACUCUUUGGAUCCGCAACACGCGUGGUCGUCUGGUGUCCGCCUCCAAGGAGCAGGUUCGUUCCAUCGGUGGCGAGGAGGAGUGGUGGGCACCAAGUCAAGCUGACUUGGACCUCCUUAAAAAGUCUGACCAGGACUUGGAUGCGAAGCACUCCCCCCUCGCCUUUCGCCUUCCUGACGGUUCGGUUCCUCGUGCAGGUGAUGAUCAGGCCGUGGCAGCUGAGCUGGAUUUUCAGCUUCGAGCCGCGUCCCCCGCACCAAGACCUGUUCUCGAUGCAGAUGGUCGUCCUGUCUUGGAUCCGUCAGGGCAACCAGACGCGGUCGCAGUCGAAGCAAGACUCCGGCCAGACGUGCUCUACCACCAGUGCCAGAACAACAGGUCACCGGUGGUCAUGGUUCGAGACCGCCAUCUAGCUCUCAGGCGGUCGUCGUAUGGUACUUCAGACAUGCAGCGCGAUCUGGAGUCCCUCAUGAAUCAGAUGCCCUCUGACGCCACUUCCCGAGGUACAAAGCGACCGGCUGAUGCGACCUUGGAGGCACCAUCGCAGUCCUCACUGCGUCGAGAACCCAACACGGAGGAGGAGCAUGCAGAGAACCUACUUCUUUUCUGUCGUGACUGCGGUGAACAGCAUCGAGUCUCAGUGCAGGGCGUCGACUCCUGUUCAAGAUGUCUUAGUACUCGGACGGUGAGUUCGCCUAUGCAUGUUGUUUCUUGGUUUGAUGAGGUGAAGGAGCGAGAAGCUUUGGAGCAGUGUUUCGAGAAUCGAACAAGCAGCUCCUACUCUGCCUCGUCAGCUAUGCAAGCCGUUUCCUUUGAGAACGAAUUCGAUCCGGCUCAGGACAAAAACAAUUCGUGUCCCUCUCACGAGUUCACGGGACGAUUGGACGUACUACAUCGACAUGGACGAGAUGAUGCUUCACGUGUUGGCUGGGAUGGAUCUCCCUGCGAACUUCAGCCCCUCUUUCAGUCCGACAACUACCUGACGGCAGCGCACCACCUCGGCUGCCACGAGGAAGAUGUCAACGCGUGGACCACAUCUACUACAAGAGCAACCUCAGCUACUACCUCUCGCACCUCUGCGCGAAGGCCAACUCUGGCAUCCGAGCACGUUGCAAAGCAGCUCUUGCGGGCUCAAGAUUUUCGAGCGAGCACUCUACAUCAACUGCUCGAGGCAGUGGAGUUUCCCUCCAACAAGAGGAACUGUCUGGAUGACUCCAGUGGUGGUUUCCUCUUGGGUCUGUACUCGCACGGCAACUUCACGGGCAUCACGAAGGCUACCGGUGCCCAUCGGCAACUUGCGAAGUACGUGAUGUCGUACAUGAGACAUCAUGGGCUGAAAGGCCAGACCUCGUCUAUCUACAUUUCCCGCAACGCCACUGCGAAGUGCCACAAGGACUCUCAUAAUCUCGCUGGGUCCUUGAACUGGGUUACAUCUGUUGGCUCGUACACUGGCGGUGAACUGUGGGUGGAAUGUUCUUCUGACUGCCCUCCUGCAGAUGCUGUGUACAGGAUGGUCAAUGGCAAGAACACCCCGGGAUUCUUGGUUAACACCAGGAAUCAGGUGUUGUCUUUUCGGCCCGACUGCUUCCACGAGACGAUGCCAUUCAAGGGCACCCGCUACAGCAUCGUGGCGUAUACCACACGCUCCCUUCCGAAUGCCCCGAGCUCGGCUAGAAGAAGGCUUCAGAGGCUGGGAUUCAACUCUGGUUUUGCCAAUUGGGACGUUUGGCAAGCCUAUGUGGAUGAGUCUUCAGGAGCCCGGCCUUGGUGGCUGGAUGAGACUGUGGCCGAGGCCUACCCAGCUAGGUCGUGGCGACCUCCGGAGGAAGGCGAGGUCAUGGCCAUGGACACCUCGGGCGAUGACGCUCACGAUGGAGCUCAAGAGCCACCUUCCAGGGCUCAGCGCCAAGCACUGAAGAAGGAGCUUCCGUGGCAAGCUAUGAGUGAAGCAGAAGUCCCUCAGUUCAUCCAAGCUGUCCUGGACGAAUGGGCCGAAUGGCGCAAAUGGUCAUCGUGCAGGCCGAUUCAUGUUGAUCUCAGCCGCAUCGAUCCAACUUUGAUUCUGCCUUCCAGAAUAUGCUACAGAUGGAAGGUGAAAGGGGCGGUGGAGGAAUGGAAUGACUCUAGCUUGCUUUAUAAACUUUCAGCCCCGGUCUACGGACAAGCCAACGCCCCAAGACGAUGGUAUGUGCACGUCGCCAACACUCUUGGAGGCCUGGGAUGGACGGCUCAUACUCUGGACCCAUGCCUAUGGCUGUACCGCGAGGAAAUCGACGGCGUCCUCAAGGUCACGGCGGUCCUGGGAGUCCACGUGGACGACAUGAUCAUGGCGGCGCUCCACGGUAAGGAGAAAGUCCUCGAGGCCAUCCACGGCUCCUUCACAUGGGGAAGCGAAUGGGAGUCCAAGGACUUCACCUUCGUUGGCCGUCACAUAAGGCAACACGAAGACUGGACCCUGACGGUGGACCAGGCCAGCUACAUCGCUGAAGUCCCCAUCACGAAGAUCAGCCUGGCCAUGGAGGAGAAACUGAGCGACCAUCCCGAGAUGAUCACCGAGUUCCGUUCCGGCAUUGGCAGUCUUCAGUGGAUGGCGGGAACAACCAGAGGCGAUAUUGCAGCAGACACCUCGCUGUUGCAGAAACCCCCGUCGCAGCUGACCAUGGCGGACCUGGCUGAGGUCAACGGCGUGCUGCGUUACGUGAGGGCAACGCGCGAUGCAUAUUACAAGGUGAUCCCGAUUGAUUUCGAGGAGAUGCUGCUGAUCGCCUACGGUGAUUCUGCUUGGGCGAAUGCCCCGGGCGGCAAGUCGCAGGGCGGCCUCCUUGUGGCAGCUACUAGUAAGAAGGUGCUGCAAACUCCUCAACCUGCCUCGCUGCUGGAGUGGAAGUCAUAUCGACAUCAACGUGUGCUGAGGUCAACUCUAGCAGCAGAAGCCGCUUCUUUGGAUAAGGCUGAGGACUACGGUAACUUCAUCGCCACCAUGCUGUCCGAAAUGAUUGACGGCCGCUACACCGCGACCCUUCGCGAGGUCCCGAUCAUCGAGGUGCUGCCGGUGACGGAUGCGAGAAGCUUGUGGGAUGCCAUCCACAGGCUUAGCACUACCUUUGCUGAGAAGCGCGUGGAGAUCAGCAUUGCAACAUUGCGGCAACAGUGUCGUGCUCUUCGCUGGCCGACGGCUUGA